AUGAAUGGAGAUACCACGCAAAGACGCGAGCCAACCACCACGGCCACCAGGCCUCGAGCAAGGCCCGGGAAUGCUGAGAGGAAACGCAUCCACUGGGCACCGCUGAAUGUCGGUCUGGAGCGUCGCGCACAGACACUAAUCGUGCUCUGCCAUACACUCACUAUUGCUAUCUUCUUGACCAGUUUCUUCUUCACAUGCGCCAUCCCCUUGUUCUGGCCACUCCUGCUCCCGUACCUGGUCUAUAUCUCACUAUUCUCCACGGCACCCACAUCAGGAGAACUCAAGGGCCGGAGUAACUUCUUGCGUCACCUUCCAAUCUGGAAGGUCUACGCAUCUUACUUCCCAGCCCGUCUUCACAGGGAGGAAGUCUUGCCCCCAACGAAGAAGUAUAUCUUCGGCUAUCACCCACAUGGCAUCAUCUCACACGGUGCAUUUGCCGCCUUCGGCACAGAGGCACUCGGUUUUUCAAAACUAUUCCCAGGAAUCACAAACACCCUCUUGACCCUGGACUCGAACUUCCGCAUCCCAUUCUACCGAGAGUACGCGCUUGCCAUGGGUCUGGCGAGUGUGUCCAGGGAAUCAUGCGAGAAUCUCCUAACCAAAGGCGGUCCCAACGGCGAAGGCAUGGGCCGGGCAAUCACCAUCGUCAUUGGCGGAGCUCGUGAAUCACUCAACUCUCAACCCUAUUCACUCCGUCUAGUCCUAAAGCGACGAAAAGGGUUCAUCAAACUAGCCAUUCGCACGGGCGCAGAUUUAGUGCCCGUUCUCGCCUUUGGCGAAAAUGAUCUUUACGAACAAGUCGACUCUGACGAACAUCCGAUUAUCCACAAACUGCAAAUGCUGAUCAAGCGCACAAUGGGAUUUACGAUUCCGCUUUUCCAUGCGCGAGGAGUAUUCAACUAUGACGUUGGAUUGAUGCCUUAUCGACGACCUCUUAAUAUUGUGACUGGCAAGCCGAUUCCAGUGAUGCAACAGUCGAAUCGGGAUAAGAUCAAUGAUAGCUACAUCGAUGAGCUUCAUGCCAAAUAUGUGGAGGAACUGCAACGAUUAUGGGAUCAGUGGAAAGAUGUCUACGCUAAGGAUAGGACAGGUGAAUUGGAGAUUAUUGCCUGA